ACUGCCUUUACUUCUGCCUCUAACAUGGGUCUUCUCUUCUCCUCCCUCUUCUCUCGUUUCCUAGAUAAAAAGCAGAUGAGAAUACUGAUGGUUGGUCUGGAUGCAGCCGGAAAGACUACUGUUCUCUAUAAACUCAAACUGGGUGAAGUUGUCACAACUAUUCCUACUAUCGGCUUUAACGUUGAGACGGUUGAGUACAAGAACAUUUCCUUCACUGUGUGGGACGUAGGAGGACAGAAUGUCAUAAGACCACUCUGGAGACACUACUAUGAGAACACCAUGGGCCUCAUAUUUGUGGUGGACAGCAGUGACUAUGAACGCAUUCAGGAAGCCGCUUUGGAGCUGCAGAUGAUGUUUGAGGAAGAUUCCCUGAGGGAUGCUGUUCUGUUGGUACUUGCUAAUAAACAGGAUUUGCCCAAUGCGAUGCCGGUGCAUGAGAUGACGGAGAAACUCAGAUUACAUGCAAUGAAGGGAAGAUCUUGGUACGUCCAAUCAACUUGUGCGACAAAUGGAACAGGUUUAUAUGAAGGACUGGACUGGCUUUCUAAUCAAGUCUCCAAACGAUAAAAUCUGAUUGAUUUAAACAAGUAAAUAUUUUACUGUAUUUAAACAUCAGUAAUGUUUACAUACAGUAAAGUGCAUAUUAUGAUCCUUUAAUGUAGAUUUUUUUCUUUUUCUUACAAUAUAUAAGAAA